CACCUUGUGAACACCUUUGAACACAGUUCGUUCGUCGCCGAAUUCGGCAGCGUUGACGAUCGCGUCAAUGUCCCACUCGGCUUUCCAUCCUAAGCCCAAGAACGCUUUGAUCUCGCUUGCAAACAUUGUUCUCCCGUUGACAGUCGUAUAAUAGAGAGGCUUUACACCGAAACGAUCACGGGCGACGAUUUGGAGGCGACGGAUCGAGUCGUAGAGCACAAAAGCGAACUCCCCGCGGAGAUGGGAUAGGAGAUUCAUUCCGUAGCGCUUAUACCUGAGGACUGAUGUGAGAGAAAGACCUAUGCGGAGGGGAGCUACUUGCAACUGUACCACAAGCUCCGAGUCGCUCUUCGUCUUGAAACGAUAUCCCUCGGUCACUAGCUCCCCGCGAAUCCGUUCAUAGUCAUAGAUUUCGCCGGUGACGACGCAGUGGAUGGUAUUGUCUUCAUCCGCAAGAGGCUGCUGGCCCGUGGCAAGGUCGAUGAUAGAGAGUCGGACGUGCCCCAGGCCUGAUCGCGCAUCCGGCGAGACCCAAAUCCCACUCGAGUCUGGUCCCCGGUGCUUGAGAACGUCUAGAGCAUCUCUCAGUUCAGCCUCGACAGCCGUUCGGGCAAGCCCGCAGUCGAUUUCGUUCGUAGGAUCAGAGCAAAAGACAGAGACUAAUCCGCACAUUACACAGGACACGCCGUACUCUCAAAACGCCCGAUGACCUCGCUCCUACAUUGAAAGACGGACGGGUUCGGGCCAGCGCAUACCGUUUGUCAGGAGGGCGUUUCGGCACAAGCGUACGGCAAUUCGGACUCCGUUUCAGCUUAAAUCGGAUCGAUGCGGAAAUGAUACGAGGAGAGUAAGACCUCCUGUUCCUGAAAACUUUCGAGUCACAACGGAGCAUCUGGUCGAUUCAACGUGGGGAAUAAAAGUGA